CUGCCGGCCAGGGACAUGGGUGAGGCGACGACAUGUUCUCCAUCUCCAGCACGCCGGCGAAACAAUCCGUUGGCGACACCAUCAGCGUCCUCAGCGGCCGACUCGGUUCCGCAACCCUCCUCGAAGACCGGCGCGCUGCUGUCCUGGGCCUGCGAAGCUUCGCAAAGGAUUACCCAGCCACUGUAGCAUCGGGGGCUCUGAGGGGCUUGAUUGGCAGCUUGUCCAAGGACGCCGAAGAUGUCGACACCAUCAAGAUCGUGCUGGAAACCCUGUUGAUGCUCUUCAACCCCAACAAGGAGAGCCCCGAGGCAUCAGACGAAAUCGCACUCUGGCUGGCCGACGAGUUCACCCAGCGCCAGGAAAACAUCGACCUCGUCCUCGAUUUCCUUGAUACCUCCGACUUCUACUCGCGCCUAUACUCUCUGCAGCUACUCAGCUCGAUCCUCACGGCACGGACGCAGCGGACGGAAGAAUGCGUCCUCUCCGCACCCCUGGGCAUCAGCCGCCUCGUCGCUGCGCUUGACGACCAACGGGAGGCGAUACGCACAGAAGGCGUCAAUCUGUUGAUAUUACUGACGUCCAGCUCUCUAGAGAUACAAAAGCUCGUCGCCUUUCAGAAUGCGUUUGAGAAGUUGUUCGACAUUAUUGCCGCGGACGGCUCACUUUCCGAAGGCGGGAGGACGGUGGAGGACAGCUUGAUACUCCUGGCCAACCUGCUGAGGGGCAAUUUCGCCAACCAGUCGCUCUUCCGGGAAUCGGGUUGCAUAGGCAAGCUCACGGAGAUGCUCAAGGGCCUGCUCGAAGCGCAGAAGCAAGAAGAUAACCUCGCUAAGUGGGCGCAGAUCCAGCACAACCGCAACAUCUACGCAUUCCUCUCCAUCAUCCGGCUGUUCUUGUCGCCAGGCUCCGCAGAGACGCACCAGAAUCAGGCUACGUUCUGGAGGCAUGGCCUCAGCUAUCUCGUCCUGCAACUCGCGUUCGGCCACGAUGUUCAGUUCCAAAUCAAGGCCGAGGCCUUGCUCGCAUGUGGCGACCUGAUCCGUAACAACAUGCCCGUGCAGGAGGCAUUUGCCUCUCUCAUGGUCCCUCCUCCGCUGGAAUCCGCGGCUGAGACCCCAAGUGCGCCCAAUGGCCAGGCCAAGAUAUACAUUAUUGACGGCCUGCUUGACUUGACACUGAAUGUGCACGAACUUUCUGCGUUUGAUUUACGUUACGCUGCCUGCCAAUGCCUAAAGGCUUACUUCUCCAACCAUGACGAAGUAAAGUCUCACUUUCUGGGCAGAGCCAUAGAAGGCUACCAGUCUGGCCGGGACGAAUCUGCCAACAUCCUGAGUGUCCUGCUGAGGCUACCAGGUGACGUAUUUCUCAGCGACCCAUAUCGCGUGUGGUUCGCCGCCGUCAUCGCCUUCCAUCUGCUCUAUGACAAUCCUGCGGCCAAGGCAGUGGCAAAGGGCUUGACCGAAGGCGAUGCCUCCAAGGGUGAAGAAGUGGUGACCAGUAUCCAGACGAUCACAGCGCAUCUUCUCAUGCGGAUACGCCGAGACGACGAUACUCGGAUAUUGGUAGCAUACCUGAUGCUCCUCCUCGGCUGGCUGUUUGAGGACCUUGACGCCGUCAAUGAUUUCCUGGCCGAAGGGAGCAACGUUCAGGGACUUAUACAGGUAAUCACGCAGCCGGUUCGCGUGACGGGAGAACUUGUCCAAGGGCUAUGCGCCAUGCUGCUGGGGGUUGUAUAUGAGUUCUCUACCAAGGACUCGCCCAUACCACGAGCAACGCUGCAUUCCAUCUUGGAGUCACGGCUGGACAGGGAUGGUUACGUGGAUCGACUGACAAAACUUCGGAACCAUCCUUUGCUCCGAGAGUUUGAAGUCACACCGCAAAAGCUCAUGGCUUCAACAGAUGGCGAAGAGGUCAACGUGUUCUUUGACGAUGUUUUUGUCGAUUUCUUCAAGGAUAACUUCAGCCGUGCAAUCCGCGCUCUUGAUAAAGCGCCCGAUAUUGAGGUCUCGGUCAUCACGAAUGGUACGGAGCAGGGUAUUUCCAGACAGCUCGUAGACUCCUUGCGGCAGCAAAUAGAGGAAAAAGACCGCGCAAUUGAAGAAGCCAACAGCGCCAAUAAAUCCCUGGAAGGGGUCAUUAAGGAGGUGCAGGAGGCACAUCGCCGUGCAAAGGAAGAUGCCGAGGCCACGAGCGCGAGAUUGAUGGCAGAGAUGCGCAAACUACAAGGCGAGCAGGCUGCUACAGUCUCCGGGCUUGAACAAAAGAUUGCGCAGAUGCAACAGCAGCUCAAUGCGAAAGAUCAGCACCUCCAAACCCAGCUUGCUGCUAAGGAUCAGUAUCUGCAAACCCAGCUGAGUAGCAAAGACCAGUACCUGCAAGCCCAGCUAAGCCAAGCUCAAAAGGCGCACGAAGUAGAAGCAGAGCGUGCGAAGCAGAGGGCGGAAGCUGAAAUUGCAGACUUGCGAGCAACUGUUAGCAGGCUUGAGGUCGACGUGAUGAAGGCCAACAAGAGCAAGGCUUCUGAACUACAGACCCUUCGCAAGGAGCAUGCAGACGCGCUGGCGGAGCGCGACUCCCAGUUGAAGAAGGCCAACGAGAAGGCGGAAGAAGGCGCAAAGCAGCUCACCAGUUUGAAAGAAGAGGUCGAGAAGCUGAGAAAGGAGGCUGACAAACUUCGGGAGGAGGCUGAGAAGCUACGGGAGGAAGAAGAGGAGACUGCGGCAGGAAGCUGCAAAGCCUUGGCGGAUGCUGAAAAGGCCAAGGACACGGUACAGUCGGAGCUGGACGAUCUCCUCAUGGUGUUUGGCGAUUUGGAGGAGAAGCUCGGGAAGUACAAGGCUCGUUUGCGUGGACUUGGACAAGAGGUGUCCGAUGGCGAAGAUGAUGACGGGGACGAUGGCAGUGAGGGAGAGGAAGAAAGUGAAGACGAAGAGGACGAUAAAGCUGUUGACUGA